AUGAGAAGAAGCCGACGAAUUAAGAAAUUAGAAAAGAAUGCCCUUAAUUCGGUACCUUUAAGUGAAGUAGGCAAGUAUCCAAUUAAUGUCUAUUGUGACACUGAUAUUUUCCCUACUUUGCUAAUUAACCUCCAAGCACCUUCUUGUCCGCUCUCAGAAGCCGAAUGCCAACAAGUGAAUCACCCUCAUUAUGUUUUGCGAGACCAAGAAAUUGUUAUUGAUAAUGAAAGCAGGAAAAUAAAAAUUGGCCAAGCAAUUGUUCAAGAAAGACGAGGAGCCAGCGAAGAUGAUCCCGAUAGCCGGGGUACGCGAGCCUUAAAAUUACUUCAUAAACUAGUACCUGAAUUUACGGCUAUUCACCCCAGCACCGACAAAAAAUUAUUUCAGGAAUUAAGUAGAUACAAAAAUCCACCUCGUUUUGAAGUCUUGCAAGAAGGGACCUUUGAAAAUGUGUGCUAUAUUGACAUUAAAAGUUGCUAUGCGAAUAUUAUGCGUGACUACCCUUUGCCCUGUGGCCAGCCCGAGUGCUUCAAAGACCCUCAACUAAUCGAACAAAAAUUACAAGAGGGCAAAA